AUGAACAGUCAAUCCCGUAGUGGCGGCGGAUGGACGAUACUUCAGAACCGAGAUAGCGGCAACGUUGGGUUUUAUCGUGACUGGACCGAGUACAAAACUGGAUUUGGGAAUCUGAACGGGGAGUUUUGGAUUGGAUUGGAGAAUAUUCAUCUUUUGACGAGCCAAGAUGACUAUCAGCUUCGAGUAGUGCUUGCGUUCGAUAAUAGUGACUGGACUUAUGCUGUGUACGAUAGUUUUCAUGUAUCUGACGAGAAGGGCAAUUACACUUUGACGAUUGGUACAUUUACCGGUAGAACAGCAGCAGGUGACUCGAUGGUAGAGCACAAUGGAAUGCCAUGGUCAACGUAUGACAAUGACAACGACAAUGCCAAUGGCAACUGCGCAGAGAUCUAUCAUGGAGCUUGGUGGUACAACGAUUGCCAAACCUCCAACUUAAACGGGCCCUAUCGGAGUUACAGAAACCUGGGUAGCAAUGAAAAAGGGAUAACUUGGGACAGUUGGACUGGAACUGAUGAGUCAUUGGGAGAUGUGGACAUGAAAAUAAGACCUCUGCGUGCUGCUCUUCCGAAACCCAAGGAUUGCUGGGACCAUUUCCAGAAUGGGCAAAGAUCAAACGGUAUCUACACCAUUUAUGUCCAAGGCAAGACAGUGGGAGUUGACGUGUACUGUCAUAUGGACAGUCAAUCCUUUAGUGGCGGCGGAUGGACGAAAAUCCAUAACCGAGAUAGCGGCAACGUUGAGUUUUAUCGUGACUGGACCGAGUACAAAACUGGAUUUGGGAAUCUGAACGGGGAGUUUUGGCUUGGAUUGGAGAAUAUUCAUCUUUUGACGAGCCAAGAUGACUAUCAGCUUCGAGUAGUGCUUGCGUUCGAUAAUUUUGACUGGAAUUAUGCUGUGUACGAUAGUUUUCAUGUAUCUGACGAGAAGGACAAUUACACCUUGACGAUUGAUACAUUUACCGGUACCACAAAAGCAGGUGACUCGAUGAUAGAGCACAAUGGAAUGCCAUGGUCAACGUAUGACAAUGACAACGACAAUGCCGAGGGCAACUGCGCAGUGAUCUACCAUGGAGCUUGGUGGUACAACGAUUGCCAAACCUCUAACUUGAACGGGCCCUAUCGGUAUUACAGAUACCUGGGUAGCAAUGAAAAAGGGAUAACUUGGGAAAGUUGGACUGGAGUUUAUGAGUCAUUGAGAGAUGUGGACAUGAAAAUAAGACCACUGCGUUCGGGUAAUUAACAACAGCAUACGUUAAAGGACGGUUUACUUCAAAGCGAAUUGAUAUUUCAAAAACACAGGUUCACAGAGAAAACAAACAUUGUCAAGUUUGGUCACAAUUCAAGUUGUAGAAUAUUGCGUAGGCUCCUGCGGAAAGUCAAGGAGUCAUUAUUGUUAAAGAAAAAGUUUUACAAAACUAACUGCAUUCAAAGGUUUUUUUCUGGAAAUAAAAUCCAACGCCAGCAGUGAACAAAUAUUUAAUUAAUAAAUUAAUUGUACUGUUUAAACAUAAUUAUCACAUCGUCUCGUUUAAAACACACGUUAGCUAGUUUCAAGCUUAUGCAGUUUUAGUUUGAAUGCCUAUCAGUUUGCUGUGCCGCCUGACUUGUAGUUUCAAUAAACCCCACCAUUUCUCGUAUUACCUCGC